GGUCUCGUGCACAGACUCAUGAGAACAUUGAGUGUUAGUCUGCAGACAUGGUGUCUUUGUUUUGGCUUUCUCUCAUCCUCACCUGCCAGCCACCACAAGGUGCGGCCCAGCUCCAAAGCUGCCUAUCACAAGCCAGCGAUGUGAUUUCACGGGGGACGGGACAAGACGCCGAGAUCUGGUGCAGGGUCCACCCCAACUGCUCCACCACGGGCCUGCAUCACCAGUGGUUCGCUUUCCAACGCGAUAGUCAUUUUCCUCUCCACCCGGACAAACAGCCUCACAAGUACAGCCUCCAAGGAGCAACUUUACAAAUAAUGUCCCUCCACGCCAACGACAGCGGGAUUUACUACUGCGGCAGCACCGUGUCCCACGGAGAACCCAAACCCAGGACUCAGCAUGUUGGCCUGGGAACCAUUCUCGUUGUUAAGGAAAAAAACAAGCUAAUGUUGGGACAUGUUCUGCUGUGGUUAACGUUCGUCCUCUUGGUCAUCUACAGCCUGGCAACACUCACACUUGUCAUUCAGAAGAAGUACGGCCUCAAUAUAUGGAACUGCAGGAGACUAUACAAAAGUGACAAGCAAAAGAGUAGCACAAAUAAAACGAGAAUAUUCCGGGAUGUUCUGCAAGAGAUGCACCACAGGCGCGACUUGAAGAGAAGCAAAAGGACCCCCGCAUCGCUUGAGACAACAUCUGCUGAGUUUAAUAACCUGGCCCCUGACGACAUCUAUCAAAAUGUCUAAUGGGAAGAUUUUUUUCCCAUCGCCUCUCCAUAUAUUUGUACUUUCAGCCCAGUAUCUUUUUGGAACUUGAUGCAAGAAAAGAACAUUCAAAGAUAUUUGUCAACGUUAAAUAUGAGAUUUGGUACACUAUUUAUGUGGCAGGUUUCCUUUAUAGCAGGGAUGUCUACACUUUUUCACUAAAGGGUCAGAAAAUUGAAAAGGAUGCCGGAGACACUGAUAUAUUUUGUGCUAAAUGAACAAAACAAAGACAAUGUUAAUUAAUACAAUAUCUAAUAAUAUAUCUACUUAAUGAUUUAUUAUUAUAUUUUAAAUAUGCAACUGGCCAAUAAAAAUGAGCUGAGGGCAGUAAAUGUUCCCUUAGGACAGGCCUGGGCAAUUAUUUUGACUCGGGGGCCAAAUUUAGAGAAAAAGAAUGUGUCUGGGGGCCGGUAUAUAUAUUUUUUUAGGAAAACUAAUACAAAACCUCACAAUAAAGUCUGAUUGAAUGCUAAAAAUGUUAUGACAGACCGCCUUAAAAACGGAAUGGAAUUGUAAAUAUUCUAUGAAGGAUAAAACCCUGAAUAUUGAGAACAUAUGAACGUCACACCCCCUCUCAAUCCACAUAUUUUACAAUCAAGCCACACCCACACUGCUUGGUACCUCGUCUGAGCUGCUGUGACGUAGAUUACCAUAGUAACUAGUAGGGUUGUACGGUAUACGGGUAUUAGUAUAGUACCGCGAUACUAAUGAAUCAUUCGGUACCAUACCGCCUCUGAAAAGUACCGGUCCGCCGCACCCUAAGAUUUUUUGUUAAAAUAAAGCCAAUAAUGCAAUUUUUUCUGGUCCUCUUUAUUUACAAAAGUACCGAAAAGUAUUGAAAUAAUCUUGGUAUCAGGACAACACUAGUCACUAAAAUAUCAUGCAAAAGCACAGAUUCCAACCAUAGAAAUACUUUGUAUAAUUCAAGACUUACGGCAGCUACACUUCACAUCUUAAAGAUGUAAAAUAAUUAUUUGGGAAUGCCCAGUGGGCCAGAUUGAAAAGCUAAACGGGCAGCAUGUGGCCUUCAUUUGCCCAGGUCUGCCUUAGGACAUCCUUGCUUUAUACUUUGGAUAUUUAUAUUUACAAUUAUGCCAGAAGCACUAAUUCUAAUUCCUAAUAUUAAAUGUGGCAUUUUAGUGACAGUUCUUUCUUGAAUCACAUCCAAGUUGUUGUGAUUAAAAUCUGUGGUGAUGUAUAAAUGUAUAAAAGUGUCUAAAUCAGGGCUCACCAACGCGGUGCCCGCGGGCACCAGGUAGCCCGUAAGGACCAGAUGAGUAGCCCGCUGGCCUGUUCUAAAAAUAGCUCAAAUAGCAGCACUUACCAGUGAGCUGCCUCUAUUUUUUACAUUUUAUUUAUUUACUAGCAAGCUGGUCUCGCUUUGCCUGACAUUUUUAAUUCUAAGAGAGACAAAACACAAAUAGAAUUUGAAAAUCCAAGAAAAUAUUUUAAAGACUUGGUCUUCACUUGUUUAAAUAAAUUCAUUAAUUUUUUAACUUUGCUUCUUAUAACUUUCAGAAAGACAAUUUUAGAGAAAAAAUAAAACCUUAAAAAUGAUUUUAGGAUUUUUAAACAUAUAUACCUUUUUACCUUUUAAAUUCCUUCCUCUUCUUUCCUGACAAUUUAAAUCAAUG